AUGGUCACAUUAUCCACUGUGGGUUACGGAGAUAUUACACCCCAUACCGAGGGAAGUAGAGUGGUCAUGAUGCUUUUAAUUGUCAUUUCAUUAGCAGUACUACCUAGUUUACUUGCAGAUGUCUUGAACACACUCCGCAAAAGAAACGGUGAGCUUAUUUUUUUUUUUUUUUUUUUGAGUUACAAUAACAAUAGUUGUACUAAACCCUCUCAUGAUUUAGAUUGGGGAGGCUAUGUGUCUGAAGCUUCCAUGCCAUUUAUUUUACUUGUGGGUUCGUUUCGACCUGAGCAAGUUACAGAGAUUCUAGAUGGAUUUUUAAACACGGUAAGAUGA